CAACUCCAAUUCCACUCAAUGCAGAACAUUUCUUGGCUCUUGCCGCGCCAUUUUGCUAAGUGAGUUUUGCCGUGUCGUUCAGCGAGUUUUUGGCCGCGGAUUUGUUGAAGCCGGACUUCAGUUUUGUAUUAAGUAAAUGAGUGGUUGUUGGACGAAUAAAUUGUGUGUUUAGUGUGCAUUGUGUGGUCGAUUUCGCAGGAUUCUCUCGAGUUCUGAAAGCCAAGUUCCUACAAAAGUGAGACUUCGCGGCCGGCUUGUCAAACGGGGAGGCGUCAGUGGAAAAAUCGAUAGCGAACCUUUAGGAAGUGUGUGCAACAAAUUUGUUGGCAAAGCGUGGAAGUUGAUAUGGAAGGAGCUCCUCCACCCGCUCAUCAAGGUCCACCACCAAUGCGGGGCGGUUACAGGGGUCGUGGCGGUCCGCCGAUGCGUGGAUUUGACCGCGGUCGCGGCCGAGGCAUGGGACGUGGCGGCCCGAUGGGAAUGCGAGGAGGAAUGGCUCCACCACCGAUGAUGCGUGGUCGGGGAGGACUCAUGCGUGGGCCUAUGCGUGGAAUGGGUUUUCCGAGGGGUGGUCCUCCACGUGGAGGUGGACCUCCUAUGCGAGGCAGACCCCCAGUCCACUCUCAACCUUAUGGAUAUGUUACAGCCUUGACACAGCCGCCACCGCCAGCAGAAUCGGCGCCCACUUCGAAUUCCAAUUCCGCGGAUGGUGAGCCCGCGACCGGUGCAACCUCUUCCACAACAGCGACCACUACAACAACGACGGCUACAACCCAACCAGCCUCAACAACACCUCCAGUCCGAGGAUACCCACGAGGGCGUGGCGGUCCACCUAGCAGAGGUCGCGGGGCUUACAUACCAAGCACAAAUGGAAGUGGGCAUGACCCUCAUAACAUGUACAUGUCUAAACCGUAUCGAGGUACAGCUCCGCCUAGAGGCCGUGGUGGAUACUCGCAGGGAUUGUCCCGGCCCCCACCGGCUCAUAGUGCCAACACGCAAGUCGCACCGGUCCCGACAUUAAAGCGAGGUGCUCCAUCCGGUCCCUCAGGACCUAAACGAGGACGUUAUGACCAAGGUCCCGUGAAUAGGCAGUUGGUGCCCAAGCACCAGCCCCAAGUGCAGUCUGUACACUCCUCCGCGCAUAAUUCAUACAGCUCCACCAGCACGAUACCGAGCCAUCACUCAGGCUAUCAGAAUCAUGAUCAGAUGCAGCACGUCGAUCAGUACUCGCAUCAAGCGUACUCAGCCCCACCGCCACAAACGUCAUAUAAUGGCUACAGUCAGACAGGCUACGGAUCAACAGCUGCUUCGGGAUACUCCCAGUCGACGGAGUACGACCACACACAAUAUUCUACAUACAAUAACUACAAUUUCCAUAGUUCGACUGGCUAUGGCCAACAAGAUACGCGGUAUCAAGGCUACUCACAGGACUACAGUCAAACGUAUGGAGCCCCGGCCGUGGAUUACACAGCUCCCCCACCAGAUUACACACAGCAACAGCAGUACGAUGAUCGAUCUUACAGUGGAUACGACACGCAAACAUACGCACAAGGCUAUGCAAGCGGCUACUAUUGAACAUCUUGCCGCCCAUCAAUGUUGGAAUUUGUUUUGUGUAAGCGAAGAAAGCUAUAAAAAAUAUGUUUUUGUGUGUUUGUGGUCGUAAGACUUUAAUGAUUACAUAUAAAAAAGGUAAAACUCCUAUACACAAAUAUUAUAAUCCGUGCAGUCGUUAUAAGAAAAUCAAGCCAAUUACAUCUCUAUACAUUACGAGUAAUUCCCUAUAUAUAUUACAUUUCCCCAAAAAACGUCCAGGGGAAUUAUUGGAAAGAAAUAAAAUGAUAAAUAUCAAGAAAUCGGGAGCCAAUCGCACCUUUUACAGAAGCUACAUAAGAGAAAAGAUUAGAAAGAAACCUAUAUAUUUUUUGUAUUUCGACUAAAGUAAAAUAUAUUUUAAUUUUAAGACAAACAUUUUAAAAUUAUACAAAAAAUGCGAUUCAAACAAAAUCUCUAAUUUAGUGUAGAAAUACCAAUAUCGAAAAUAACAUAAGAAAGAAUGUUUGUUAUAUUUCACAAAAAUAUGCCACGCUUGAGUAUAAUCCGGUUCUGAUUUACGCUUACAAUUAUGCAACGCAAGAAAACGAGACUAACGUUGUAUCCAUCGCAUACGACGCUCGCGCUUAUGGGAAUUUGGGCGUGGAAAUGAUAAACGUCAUUGAUGUGGAAACAGGUAUAUGGCGUGCUGCUGAAAGCAUCGGAAGGACCCCUUAAAUAUCUCCCCCCGUUUAUGUAUUAGUAAGAAAUAUAGGACGACACAAAAGAAUCAAUUUCUAACUCUAGGCUAUAAUAAAUUGCAUAUGUUUCUCUUUUUACAUAUAUUACUACACAUUAUAUGGAGAACGUGUUUAAGUAGAUAUUUAUGUCGAUGUAUCCAUUCUUAAUGUGAAUUUAAAUUUGCAUAUAAAUAAAGUAUAAAAAAUACAAAAUAUUCUUAAAAAAAUAUAACAAAAAAUAAUGAAAAGGUGAUUUUUAUUUAAAAUGCAUAACAACCAAAGAACUUUCAAGAUGUUUAAGUUUUAAUUUUAGUUUUGAUAAAAUAAAUGAAAACAGAAACAAACGAAAAUGAACAGUACGACGGGUGAUGUGACCUAUAAUUUUCUAUUUAUUUUUGAUUAAUUUAUUGUGUCAAAGUGGGUAAUAUUAAAAAAAAAUUUAUUUAAUGAAAAUCAAUUUGAAAGUUUAGAUUGACAUUUCAUUUACGAAAUUUUAAUUUCUUUGUA